AUGGUCCAAUUAUCUCCUGACCUCGGGUUGAAGGUCUUUUCCGCGCGGCUGUUCCUUGUAUCAUUUUGGACCUCAAGCUCAUCGUCGCAAUUUUUCAAUAGAACAUUCCUUCUCAGCUCAUUAUUCCUGACAACCUCUUACAACACGACAUUCGCUUUUGAUCGACCGAUCAGCACAUCUGUCCUUGUCUGUUUCCUUACAGGACUAGUUUUCUUGAUAUGGAGUCGCUUUAUCCCAUUAUUAGGGUCGGCGCCGUCGUCGCCGACAAGCAAACGACCAGGAAUUCCUCUCGCGGAGCAAUUUGAGCUUCCUUCUCGGGCGUCGAGCUCAUCCUUCCCACUCGGUGAUUUCGAAACUCGACCUAGAAUGCGAUUCCAAUCUUGGUGGAUUAAGGUCGGCCUGUUGUUAGGACUAUGUGGCUUGCGAAUCGAAUCUUUCCGCCAGGUUACCCGAAACACUGAAUGCGCGCCCGCCGGAUACAGUUACGCCAUUCCUUUCGUAAUCUCCCUCUACGACUUUGUGCGCAACCAGCGAUCACGACAGGCGGAAAAAUAUGUCCCAACACAGCGUUUCCAAAAUCUGCCGCUGCAGAUAGUAUACUCGGUCUCUCGCCGAAGUUUCUACUAUCUUACACAGAGCCGCUUCCGUGGUGUGAUCGCCGCAGCCUUUUUGUCGGUCGGUGGGCUCUUGGCUUCGUCCUUCCUGGCUGGCACCCGGUCAACCUACAUCUGUCCUGUUGUGUUGAACGGUGCAUCGCGACUACGGUCCUAUAAAAUGUUCAACGUAUUGGUUGAUUCUGUAUUACUCGUUGGGAUUACUGAGCUGUGUCGAAUUGGUGUUCAAUUUGAUGACGCGCGGAGAAAGCGAACUUUGACGUUCCUCGGAGCCGGUCUCCUUGGCGUUUCUUUGAUUUGGAGCAUUCUAUCAUACCGGUUGCCGGAUCGCUCUCCUGAACUCGCCGGCCAACCCACGCUGGAUCUGGAGUACUCUCGCGGGGCGUUCAGUCAAUCUGUUCUAUUAUUGAUACUGAUCGUUUCGGCCUGGCACAUGUUACCGCACUUCGACAUACUUGGAGUGUCAAUCAUCGGCGGUUUCAUGGUCAUAUACUUCUCCUCUCUGUCCGCCCUUACUGGUGGACAGGCUCCUUUCCCAUUUGUUUCUUUGACCCACGCCGUUUUACCAUUUGCAACCUCGUUGACUGGGGCUAUGCUCUUUCUUCUUGCGCGCGUGGUUCAUGAUGAAGAGCCGAGGCCAUUAUACCUCACUAACAUCACCAUUCAAAUAUUGUUUAUCUUGCUCAGUGCGAUUGGUCUCGGUUUUGCAGUCGGCAAACACCGUUUUGCCCAUAUGCACCCAAUUGAUUUCCUCAUUCACGAGGGCAAAAUCCAACAUAACAACUUCAUGGCCCAGGCGGCUAGCAAUGCUGUUCGGGAGUACCACAGGAGAUAUGAUCAGCAUCCCCCGCCUGGCUUUGACAAAUGGUAUCACUACGCUACCAGCCGAUCAUCGGUCGUAAUCGAUGAUUUCGAUCAAAUCUACCAUGAUUUACUCCCUUUCCGAGCUUUAGCCCCGGAGCAUAUACGCGCGAUGACCCACGAAUUAGCAACAAAUCCUUUCAACGACCUUGGUGGCAUUAGAAUCCGCAACGGCACGGCUACGUUGCAAGAAGGAAUCAAGCCAACUCAUGCAUGGAUGGUACAAGGUGCUGCGGACAUGAUGGAAAAUUUCGUUCAACACCUCCCUGACAUGGACAUCGUACUCAAUCUGAAUGACGAGCCACGAGUUGCGGUCCCUUGGGAGAAAGUAUCAGGAUUGAAACGACAGGCUCAGAUGCAAGAAAUGGUGUCCGAAGAGCAUGCAGUGAAAGCCUGGUCAACCAACCGAGACGAAGGAUGGGCCCCGAUUGAUCCUGCCGACCAAACCAACAUCACGGUGUUUACUGAUGGAGCUUGGAGGGGAGUCUUCGAUCCUUAUGUAGGCGCCGUCUGUCCGCCUUCGUCCAAGGCGCGCUCCCAACGAAUCUGGAACCGUCAUGACAUCUGUCUUGCAUGCACAGCACCUCAUUCCAUGGGCCAAUUCCCUUUGGACUUCAACAUCGCCUCCGACAUCUGCCACCAGCCUGACCUCGCAUUCCUGCAUGGUCUUUUGAUCUCGCCUGCUUCAUUCAAGGUGUCCCAGGAACUCAUUCCGGUGUUCAGUCAAAGCGCUCUGUCUGGAUUCAACGACAUCCUCUUCCCAAGCCCCUGGAACUACAUCGACAAGGUGAAGUACGAACCUACGCAUGAACAUCCAGAUCCCGAAUACGAACACAAAAAGAAUGCCCUUUACUGGGUCGGCAGCACAUCAGAAGGCGUAAGUCGUUUCGGGGAGUGGAAAGGCAUGCCCCGACAGCGCUUUGCUCACCUGAUCAACAACAACACAAACAACCAAGUCUCCGUCCUCCUUCCCGCAGGUGGAGGCUCCUACCGCUAUGAAAUAAUGGACGGCUCCGCCCCAAUGGAAGAACUCCAUCUUGAAACAAAUGUCCAUCUAGCCGACCCCAUCGUCCGCUGCGGCGAUUGCGAUGAACAAUCUACCGAAAUGGGUACAGUAGGCUGGGCGGACUUCCAAGCCCACUGGUCCAACCGCUUUCUCUUCGAUCUCGACGGCGCAGGCUUCAGCGGUCGCUUCCUUCCUUUCCUGCACAGCCACAGUCUCCCUCUAAAGACAGGCCUCUUCCGGCAAUGGUUCGAUACUCGGGUCACCUCGUGGCUGCACUUUGUACCGAUCGAUAUUCGUCUUCAUGGCAUGUGGAGUACCCUUGCUUACUUUGCGGGCGUGCCCGCCCCCGCAUCAGAUCAGCAUGGUCCCAAUGCGCCGCACGUGCGGAUGAAGAGUCAUGAUGAACAGGGUAAGUGGAUUGCAGAGGAAGGGCGCAAGUGGGCGCAAACCGCGCUUCGGAAGAAGGAUAUGGAGAUUUACUUUUUCCGUCUUCUCCUGGAGUGGGGACGUCUGACAGAUGAUCAGCGGGAUGUGCUUGGCUUUACGCCUUGA